AGGUUACAGUAAUAGACCGUGGUAAACUAAUAAAGUUACAGACGACUAAUGGGGCGGCUUGAACUUUGAAUGAUAUACUAUACACAGUGUACGGACGCAGCCCGUUUUUCUUUCGCCUCUCCUUUUUGAUAUUAUUAAAAAAUCAUCAUACGAACAAAACAAUAAGAACAUCCCUUCAAUUCGAUUUGCCCAAUUUGAAAUUCCAUUCCAUGAGCUGGAAGAUCCCAUAUCUGAAAUGGGCACUCACAGCGGCAGCGAUGGUGUUGACGAAAACCGCCUCCAUUAGCUACGCCGCAGAUCCCCGCAUCGAGGAGGCUUCCCCCGUCACCUGCGGCCGCAACAGAACCUCCACCAACGUCAUCAUCCCAAUGUUCACCUCCGCCAUGGAGUCCAUCUCCCAAUCCGUCACCGAUCGCGGCUGGGGAUCCUCCAGCGCGCGCAAUUCCUCCGCCGUCUCAAUCUACGCCUUGGCCCAGUGCUACGGCGACCUCCUCCCCCGCGACUGCCUCCUCUGUUUCGCCUCCAGCCGGACCAAGCUCCCCCGCUGCCUCCCCGCCACCUCCGGCCGCCUGUUUCUCGACGGCUGUUUCAUCCGCUACGACCGCUACAACUUCCUCAGCGAGAGCACCGAUUCGCGCCUGGACACAGCCAACUGCAGUAGCGCCUCGCGCGGCACGGCGGUUUUCGGGGCGGAGGCCAGGAGAUUGAUUGACGGCGUGGCGAGUGACGCGGUGGCGCGUGGAGGAUACGCGACGGGGAAGCAGAACGGGGUGUACGGAUUGGCGCAGUGCUGGAAAACGGUGAGCGGAGAAGGGUGCAGGGAUUGCUUGGAGAAGGCGAGGAGAGAGGUGAAGGGUUGUUUGCCGAGCACGGAAGGCAGGGCGCUGAACGCCGGCUGCUACCUGAGGUAUUCCGCCGUCAACUUCAUCAGCAAUCGGAAUGAGGACGACGGCAGUAAUUCCGCAGUAUCAAAAAAAGGAGUAAAAGUGGCAAUUGCUUUGAGUCUAACGGCAUUUAUUAUGGUUGUUGCAUUUGCUGGCUAUGGAUGUCGUAAGAAGGCUUUGAAGCGAAAAGAAGAACAAAGGAAUCUUGGUGCAAUAUCAAUCACUUACAACAGAUCCAAUCUGAAUUUCAAAUACGAAACUCUGGAGAAGGCUACAAACUACUUUGGUGCUAAUACAAAACUUGGGCAAGGAGGGGCUGGUUCUGUGUACAAAGGAACACUGGGUGACGGGCGAGUUGUGGCGGUGAAGAGGUUGUUUUUCAAUACAAGGCAGUGGGUUGAUGAGUUCUUCAAUGAGGUGAACCUUAUAAGUGGAAUUGAGCACAAGAAUCUUGUCAAGCUCUUGGGCUGCAGCAUUGAAGGUCCCGAGAGCCUUCUAGUUUACGAGUUUGUACCUAACAACAGCCUUGACCAUUACCUUUUUGAUAAUAACAAGGACAAGAUUCUAACCUGGAAAGAGCGAUUUGACAUUGUGGUGGGGGCAGCAGAAGGUAUAGCCUUUCUCCAUGAAGGGACGACAAUCAGAAUAAUCCACAGGGACAUCAAGACCAGCAAUGUCCUUCUAGAUGAAAAUCUUUGUCCUAAAAUUGCCGAUUUUGGUCUGGCACGUUGUUUUGCAACCGAUAAAACUCAUCUGAGCACAGGCAUUGCCGGGACACUGGGGUAUAUGGCUCCAGAAUACCUUGUCAAAGGACAACUCACGGAGAAGGCUGAUGUCUAUAGCUUUGGUGUGCUUAUUCUUGAGAUCAUCUCUGGUAGAAAGAGCAAUGCCUUCUUAGAAGAAUCUGGCUCCCUACUGCAAACGGUAUGGGGGCUUUUCAGAAGUGAUCG